GCGUCGUGUGUUCCAACGUAAUAAAAUCGAGUCAUUUAAUAACAGUUCGGUUAUUUACCUGUGAUAUCCGAGUGUUGAAAAAAAAAAUGCUAUUUAAGCAAUUAUAAUGGCGUUAUUAAGGCAACACUCCUGCGAGUCGACUCCGUUCCGCGCGCCAGCUGCCGCCGCGGUGGGCGGUGGGAGCGAUCCGGCCCGGGUGUUCCGACCGCCCGGUCCUCUCCACUGAACUCCAACCCCCGCGCUCUCUAUCAGCAUCUCAUUCCUGUCUCAAUAUGUCUCAAGAUGGCGGCCAAUGCAGGAUCGAUGUUUCAAUAUUGGAAGCGCUUUGACUUACAACAACUACAGAAAGAACUAGACGCCACCGCCACACAACUUGCCAACAGACAGGACGAGAGUGAACAAUCCAGGAAGAAACUAAUCGACCUGAGCCGCGAGUUCAAGAAGAACACACCAGAGGAUUUCCGGAAACAGGUCGCCCCUUUGCUUAAAAGCUUCCAAGGAGAGAUUGAUGCCUUGAGUAAGAGAAGUAAAGAAGCAGAGGCCGCCUUCUUGAACGUGUACAAGAAAAUAAUCGAUGUCCCAGAUCCAGUACCUGUGUUGGAGCUGGCUCAGCAGCUGCAGCUGAAGCUCCAGAGGAUGCACGACAUUGAGACAGAGAACACCAAACUUCGAGAGACACUGGAGGACUACAACAAAGAGUUUGCAGAUGUCAAAAACCAAGAGGUGACCAUUAAGGCCUUGAAGGAGAAGAUCCGUGAGUACGAGCAGUCUCUGAAGAAUCAAGCGGAGAACCUGGCGCAAGAGAAGCAGCUCCAGCUACACAACGACUAUGCAGAGAAGGAGAGGAAACUCCAGGAGAGUCAGGACUCCAUGUCCUCGAGGUUGGAAGAGGCUGAACACAAGUCCCAGUCCCUACAGACAGCACUUGAAACAACUCAGGCCGAGCUCUUUGAUUUGAAGACAAAGUAUGACGAGGAAUCCACAGCAAAGGCCGAUGAAAUUGAGAUGGUGAUGACAGACCUGGAAAGAGCCAAUCAGCGAGCAGAAGCAGCUCAGAGAGAGGCGGAGUCACUGCGAGACCAGUUGUCCUUGAGUAACCAAUCCCAGCCGCUCAGCAGCCCGGCCAAGGCCGACCCUGACUCGGAACAGGUGGCGGAGGUGGCAUCCCACUCAAGUCUUGAGGCGGAGCUCAGAGCCAAAGAAAGGGAGACCGCCCAGCUGGUGGAGGACGUCCAGAGACUGCAGGCCAGCCUGACCAAACUCCGAGAGACCACCAGCUCCCAGAUCACACAGCUGGAGCAGCAGCUUAGCAGCAAGACCGCCACUCUCAAGGAACUGGAAGAGAAACUGCAGAAGCAAACUGACUAUGAGGAGGUGAAGAAGGAGCUGAGUAUCCUAAAGUCCAUGGAGUUUGGAACAUCUGACUCUGUUCAGGACUCAUCCAAACCUCUGGAGGUGCUGUUGCUGGAGAGGAACCGUAGUCUUCAAUCUGAGAGCGCCGCUCUGCGCAUCGCCAACGCUGAGCUCAGCGGGUCAGCCGGGCGAAAAGGGACAGAAGAGUCCACAACGAAAGAGGAGACCAUGCCCAGCGAUCCCUCUUCCUCGCCCCCUCCUCCCCCUCCCUCUCUUCCUUCCUCCUCCCAGCUCCCACUUUCUCGCUCUCAUACGGACCCCCUCAACACCGCCACCACCACCAGUAGUGGCGAAACGCACCCUUUCACUCCUACGGGCAUUGGACAGGACUUCUACUCCCCUGUGUUCCCUCUGGUGGGUGGUAAGAUGGCUUUGAACUCCCUGAUCCAGCGGCAGCUGCUCCAGACCUUCUACUCCAAGGCCUUGCAGGAGUCGUCUGGAAUCCCCAGUGGGGCUCUACUGUUCACCCCCUUCACUCCGACCCUCAGCUCCAUCCCUACCUCCACCCCAGGCUCUGGGUCUGCUGCCAUCCCUCUGGCAGCCAGCAGCCCCCAGCCACCUCCAGCCAGCCCAGACAUGGCUCCUGUUAAUGGGAGCAGCACCGCUGGCAGCGCCCCGUCCCCGUCACCCAGCCACUCUGACGCUACCACGGGGAGUGUUUUGGACGGGGAGGACAUGGACACGGCAGAGAUUGCCCGGCAGGUGAAGGAGCAACUGAUCAAGCACAACAUUGGCCAGCGUGUGUUUGGCCACUACGUGCUGGGACUGUCCCAGGGUUCGGUCAGUGAGAUUCUUGCCAGACCAAAGCCGUGGAACAAGCUAACCAUCCGGGGGAAGGAGCCCUUCCACAAGAUGAGGCAGUUCCUCGCUGAUGAGCAGAACAUCCUUGCACUGCGCAGCAUCCAGGGACGGCAGAGAGAGGGCUCAGGCCAGCCCCAGCUUAGCCGAGUGUUUCAGGAUGUUCCGAAGCGGAGAUCCCUCUCUGAUACAGCUUCACACACAGGUAAUAUUACUGCCCGCGUCCGCACCCCAGAGGCAGGUUCAGAUGAGGCUAUCAAGUCCAUUCUGGAGCAGGCAAAAAGAGAGCUGCAGGUGCAGAAAGCUGACUUGUCCCAUGUUCAACCCUCAUAUGCAGGACUGAAAGGAGGGGGUGCGGGCGGAAUGGGAGUGGGAGGGGGCAGUGGAUCAGAUGAGGCCAUCCGCUCCAUCCUGGAGCAAGCGCGCAGAGAGAUGGAGGCCCAGCAGGCGGCACUGGAGCCCAUCCUCAAAGCUUCGUCUUCCUCCUCCUCAGCAUCACUAUCUCAAAGGGACCUCCUGAACUCUUCCCUCACUGCCCCCCUACCCCCGUACAACCCCCUGGCACUCUCCCUUAAGAAGCCUCCCAGCUCCCUCUUGUCCUCGCCCUCAUCCCCAUCUCCGGUCCUCGACUUUAGCUGCAACGUGAAGAGAGAGGGCAGGGCUUCUUCAGGGAUUGAUUUGUCUGCUGACGGAGCUCUCAGGCUGGGUCGGAGCUCCGAGAGUUCAUCACGCUCUGGAAGUUCUGGGGGAGUGGGCUACUGGAGAGAGCAGUGGUGGAGCAACAUGCAUACAGACCCCCGCAGGACUAUAUCGAGCCAGACAGGGGAGGAGAACCACAACCUGGAGGACUCCAAAGAGGUGGGAUGGGGAAUAUUGAGUGACAGUCUGUCUCGACUCAAACCGUGGAACAAGUUGAACCAGAGGAGCAGAGAGCCAUACCUCCGCAUGCAGCCGUGGCUCAAUGGAGACCAGGGGCAGAACACACACAUCCAGCAAGCUCAGAACCAAGAGGGUACUCCCAAGACAUCAGCAAGCUGCAGCCCCGCUCCAGAGUCGCCCCUCAGUUCGACCGAAGAGUCUGUCAACGGUCUCGUCGGGGAUCCGCUCGCCUCACAGUCCUCCAGUCUCAAACCUCUGUCUGAGGAUCCCUCAGGUGGGGAGUCUCAGCCCGGCACCCCGCUGCCCCUACCUGGUCACUCGGGUCUCAGCAUCCAGGAGAUGGUGGCCAUGUCUCCUGAGCUUGACACUUAUGCCAUCACCAAGAAGGUUAAAGAGGUGUUGACUGAUAAUAACCUUGGCCAGCGUCUGUUUGGGGAGACUAUCCUGGGUCUGACUCAGGGUUCUGUCUCAGACCUGCUGGCCAGGCCCAAACCUUGGCACAAGCUCAGCCUGAAGGGCAGGGAGCCCUUUGUCCGCAUGCAGCUCUGGCUCCAAGACCCACACAGUGUGGAGAAACUCAUGGACAUGAAACGUCUGGAGAAGAAAGCCUACAUGAAGAGGCGACUAAGCUCCCUUAGUGAUAGCCAUCCUGUGGAUGGGGGCUUGGUGGGUACAGACUACGUGCAGGGCUCCCAGAGCCCAGGACAGCAGCACCUGAAGAAGCCCAGGGUGGUGUUGGGCCCUGAGGAGAAGGAGGCCCUGAAAAAGGCUUACCAGCAGAAACCCUAUCCCUCCCCCAAAACCAUUGAGGAGCUGGCCUCCCAGCUCAACCUGAAGACCAGUACUGUCAUCAACUGGUUCCAUAAUUACAGGUCAGCAUGUGGAAGAAAGAGGCACUUCAACAGUGAACUAUUGCAGUCACGAAUCCGGCGGGAACUUUUCAUAGAGGAGAUCCAGGCAGCUGGAGGGGUAGUAGGGCCCGGCAGUGACGGGGGAUCUCCCUCCCUCCGUGGGUCCAAAUCAGGAGAGGGGGACAGCUGCGAUGGGACAGAAUCUGAUGGCACAGUGGAGACACGCCAGGGCCUGGGCCUGGAGGAUCAUAGAGGAGCAUGCAAAGACCACGAUAUGGAGGCUGACUCUGAGGCAGGGGGCUCUAAUAACUCCCCUGCUCAGAUAGACUGCACCACCUCAGGCUUAGCCGGGCCAGGCUCCAGCUGUGGACAGGGUGGACUGGGGCUCUUCAGCCUCACAGAAGCAUCAUCCAGUAGCCAUGCCCCUAGUACUAACAUCCCCGCCUCUGGCACCGCCAGAAACCCCAGGGACAACCAUCUGCGCAAGAAGAAAGCAGCCAAUCUCAAUAACAUCAUCCACAGGCUGGAGAAGGCUGCGAGCAAAGAGGAUCCCUCAGAGUGGGAGUUCUAGCUCCACCCUGGCCAUCCUUCAUCCCUCUUGUUUCAUAACCUCACGACCUCUAACCUUGGACCCCUCCUGCUCUGUUCCAGUUGGAGAGUGGACACAGCCAAAGCUCAGCAGCCAUUUUUAUUAAAUACAAGCUUUCCGAAAGGAGGAAAGAAACAAAGAGUGGUUGGCAAGACCCUUAAAAAGAAGAUUUACUGAAUACCUAGAAGAACAAAAUAAGAGAACUUAAGUGUCUCUCCUUUUUUUUUUUUUAACUGAGUUUUGUUUUUGUACUGAGAAAAGCACUUAGCCGUCCUGCUGGCCUCUGGCCCUGCUGUACCUCCCCCUAUCACCAGCCACUGGUGCACCAGACUGGUUAGUCCUGAGCUGGGGUCUGACCCACAGCUGGGGUUGAAACCUGGACUCAGUAAAACAGGCAAGGCCUGUCACAGCAGCUGUCACAGUGAUAGACACUGAUAGAUGAUAGAUAGAGACAGGAACUCUCUUACAAGAACUCUCACUUUCUUAAAGGAGAAUUUUUCCGCUCUUCUUCUCACCUCCCAAGUGUCCACAGACCUCCCCUCACUCAGUGAGACGCCUCAUUUUUCACACUGUAGAGUGACUGUUACAAACCCUUUGCCUUUUUCACUCACUGCGUGUGUGUAUGUGUGUGCGUGUUUGUAUGUCAGGGGUUGUGUCAGUGUGCACCUGUGUGUGUGUGUGUGUGUGUGUGUGUGUGUGUGUGUGUGUGUGCGUGUGUGUUCUCUUCUCAGUGGCAGCAUGUUUUCUUUUUUCUCUCACUCCUACACUCUUAAGAGGGUAGUGGACGGCCUGCCGGCUGAGCUGCCAUGGUUACUGAUGUAAGAAAGACGAACAUUGACCUGUUGUGUCCCAUAUCCUGUCCUGCUGACAGCCAUGUGAUGGCCAGAAGGAUCUGUAAUUCCUCACAAACACACGCACUCAUCUGAAGAGGAAGGAAGGAAGGAACCUUCUUUUUGCCUCCUUGAACCCUUCUUUUAAGGACGAAGGAUGAUCUCUUUUUUUAUAUUGCAAUUUGGUUGCCAAUAAGAGAUUGCACAGUCUAUUGACUCUAAAGAGUACAAAAUAGGGAAUUUUAGGAAGCAUUUUUAAUUAGUACAAAAUAAGAACAGAAAAAAUAAGAGAAAAACAUGUUACUGUUUUUAAAAGAAAAAAAACAAAUUAGAAUGGAUUAAUGUUGCAUUGUUGAAAUACGAUACAAUGAAUUUCAUGUAGUACUGUAGCUGUCUGACAUGGUGAUACUUUACGUGUCUCUCGUUGUUUUAGUUUGUGCACGUCACAGCUUUACCCAGCACUGGACCUGCUGGGUGUUCGUGUGUGUGUGUGUGUGUGUGUGUGUGUGUGUGCACGCGUGUGUGUGUGCACCACCGACAAAAUUUUCUGUUCACAAACACACAUCUUUUUAUAGGCCAAAUCAGGAAGAGUGUGUGUGUGAGUGUGUCUACCUGUCUGUGCGUGUGUAUUUGUAUUUGCCUGCAUGAAAGUCAGGGUCGAGGUCAAUUCACUCAGAGUUCAGUUUGAGAAGUAGAUUAUUAACAAUUCAAUUCUUGACCGAAAAUAGAAGAAAAAAACAGUUUUAUGGAAUGAAUUGCAAUGUACAGUACUUGAUAAACCUGUACUUUCUGUCGAUCGCCGUCAAAGUGAAUUCUCCACAAUCCUGGUGUGAGUAGUGACCACUCUCCUCCAGUCUAUCCUGGAUCCAGGGAUCUAAGUCUUUUGCAUUGAAUUCUACUGUAUACACUACAAAUUAUAAGGCAUAUCACCUCCUCCCUGUCCCACACAAGCCCUCAGUGCCUGUCAGCCCACUGCCUCCCCUUCGUGUGUGUGUGUGUGUGUGUGUGUGUGUGUGUGUGUGUGUGUGUGUGUGUGUGUGUGUGUGUGUGUGUGUGUGUGUGUGUGUGUGUGUGUGUGUGUGUGUGUGUGUGUGUGUGUGUGUGUGUGUGUGUGUGUGUGUGUGUGUGUGUGUGUGUGUGUGUGUGUGUGUGUGUGUGUGUGUGUGUGCGCGUACGUUUGCGAGGGUGCAUGUACACGCAUGCUUGUCAAUCCAUGCGUGUGCACAAGUGUGUGCGAUUGAGGAGUGUUUAGUGUUUCCAAUGAGUGGAGUCAUAUUUCGUAUCUACUUGCACACACUACUAGUGCACAACUGACACCCUUCUUUAAGCUGUUUGAUGCGUUACCAUUACAUUAAUCUUAUCACAAAGUAGUGUAAUACUAUGAUUUACUGUAGCUUGGUUUAAUUGCUAUUUUGCAUUUAUAGUUUGGUUUUUAUUCUGCUUAUUUAUAGGUGCUGUAUUUUUCAUUUAAUGUCUUAUCAUUUGAGUUGUCUAUUUUUUAAGGGAUUAUACUGUUCCUGAGGGCAAGUAACAUUUUUAUUAGACGUAUAGACUGCCGGCAGUAUUGGUUAAUAUUUACAAAGAUGUACUAGUUCUCAUUUGUUUGUAUAUUCAUGAAUCCUAAAGUUUAGUGUCAUUUCAAUAGCUUUGAAACGUGUUUGCUACAGUCCAUGCUCCCGUAAGCAGAAAGCUUUCACCACGACAGUUAUGCUCUAAAAUUGCUAGCUAGAGAAUCAAAGGACAUAUCAAGAUCAGUGAAUAUAUGAUAGCAUAUCUCUUUUCCUGUUUUCUAUUCUCCAAUAAUGUUGUUUUUUUGGGGGGGGUCGUUUCUUGGGCAAGCCCAACACUACCGCUCGGCAGGGCCCGCAGCUUUCUUUAGAGUUCGACCGCUCGGUAAUCACGUUAAAAUAAUGAAAAGGUCCAAAUGUAUACACUUUGUCAAAUAGGUCAAAUGAAAUUACCUAAACUUGAGAACGCAUGCUAACUUGAAGGAGGUCAUAUCUGCCAAAUUGAGAUUAGAGAAGUGUACCAGCUAGCAGGUGUGCUAUGCCAGAUUGAACAGAGAUAGCCAGCCUAUGAUUAUGCAGAAUUUAUAUUGCAGUCCGUAACAAAGCACUUAUUAGGAUCAUUUUUGAAAGACGUAACCCAGGACAGGGUCUGUAAACACUACAGCGGAGUACGGUCCCGGGAUUCUGGGAGAUGUAUGCCUUUUUUUUAAAAAAGUGGUUGUGAACCAAGCACAGACUCUUAUCCACAUCCUAACACUAAAAAAAAAAUCAUUAAAACAUAAGAUUGCUGUUCCCCCUGUUUUCUACAUGAUCAACUGCAUUGGUAUACAACAGCCCCUCAUUUCAAACUACAGAUGACUGUGUGACAGACUGUGUACAGUUGUAGAUAUUAUGAGUAAACACCUGUUUUUGUUUCUCUCCAAAAUCUCCCCAGUCCAUCCUACCCCCCCCCCGAUACCGAUAAUCUCAUUGCACUGCGUUAAGAUGCAUUACUUAAAUUGGAUUUUGUAAUGCAUCUUCUCUUAGUUUGUAAAAUUCCCCAAACAUUGGCUCUUCCUGCGGACGACUGAUGUAAAAUACAUCUGUCUUCUGCAGUUGGACUGGACAAAAACCACAGUAUGUUUUAUGGUGAUGAAUAGCUAAUGUAAAGAAUAAGCACUUAACCCAUUAGCCAUUUUAUAACCAGUUCCAUCGACUCACCUGAACCACGUGAGAUCAUCAGAUUUGUGCCUUUAACUGCCAAGCAGGGCACCAAACUAGUGAUGUCAUUAGAUGUAAACGACUUCACCGGAUUUUCUCCAUCAUCUGUCCGACGUCUUGAUUCAAAUAAAUUUCUCAUAAACUUCGUAGUGGUACUUAAAAGUCAACUUUCCUCAGCUCUCUAAAGAGAGUUGUAUAUAAUUGCAUAUAUAGUGCAGUGAAACAGUAAAAAAAAAAAAAAAAUUUAAAAAGAGAGAGAGAGAGAAAAUCGACGUGUGUGUUCCCAUGACUGACCUGCAGACACUGUUUCGGUCCGGGUCUUAUUUCAGACAGUUGUUUUCCCACAAUGCAUUUCUUACGUUGUACAUAACCUAACUAGCGGCAAAGGGCCAGAGCAUUGAAUGAAGGAGGAAGCAUGCAGAAACAGCAUACACUGUAAUAACACUGAAUUUAUUCAUAGGGCAUUUUGUAUUUUUCUGUUUGUGUCAGGUUUGCUGUGACAUUAAUAACGGCACUACAGGUAUUGAUAAUGACGUGUGCCAAUUCUAAAGGUUAUUUGGAAAAGAGACGUGUAAAUACAGUCGAUCAAGUAGCUAUUGAUUCACUAUUGUCACAGUAUGCUUUUGUUCGAAGGCAGGAGGAGAGAAGGGACGAUUCAGGACUUUUCCAUGAUCCACAGAUAUUUUUCUACAAAUUUAAAUCAGAUGAUUCUAUACACUGUUGAAUAACAUUGUAAAGGUGUAACAGAUGCUGUAUAUCAUAUCAUGUUUUCUGAAGUCGUAAAGCUUUACUGUAUGAUCUGUUGAAGUAGUGGUUAUUCAUUUGACAUAUUAGUUGUAAUGGAAGCCCGAACAGCAGCACUGGUCACCAUAUUCAGGAAAAAAAAAUGAAAGAAAAGGAAAAAAACCUCAGAUGUUUUUUGUAAUACUUUUAGAAUAUAUCUUAUUAAGUGGGUUUUGUAAGGAAACACUUUCCAAAUCAGUGGUGCUGUAUGCAUAGCACACUCAGUAAUACAUAAACACAUAAUACAGCACAAUACACUCAUCCUUCUAAACCCCCCCUCCACUUUACUCAUGUGCUUUUGGUUUUUUUGCUCGCCUCUUACAUUGGCUCUGGCUAAUUUUUAAGUCUUAAACCAUUUCCUCUUUUAUCUCCUCACGCUUAACUGUACGAUUCUAACGCCCAGAGAUCAACUCUGGAACAAAAAAAUAUUUCCGUGAAAACUCACAAGACUUUAAAAAAAAAAAAGAGGAAGCAAAAAGCCAAAUAGAGAAAUAGUUGUCCACCUCUGUUGAAAGGUUGCUGACAGUUUUCUGUAUGUUGCUACCUAGUGUCGUCGCUUCAGUUCACCCACAGCUUAAACCACAGUGUAGUCUGACAACCAAAUGACCUGGGAGAUCUUCAACUCCCCCCAUCCCCCUUUUUUGGAAAGCUUUAAGAUGCUUGUUGAGGCUUUAUCAAGUGUUUGACGAUGAUACUUUCCAACUUAUCAUCAACAAUGCUGAAGUAAUAAUUCUCAUAACCUGUCCCACUGCUUAUUUUGUGAGAUGCGUGUGUGCGUACGUGUGUGUUGUAGUACAAAAGGCUGCAUGACUGUAAAGGGAUGGUUAAGAUGUAUUUUGAAAGUUGUUUCCCUCGCACUUCUGUCACUCCUGAGAUGCUUUUCUUUUUUGUUUUUGUCCUUCGGGGUCUCCCUCCCUUUCGUUUUUCCUCAUGUAUCAUUGUUUCUUUAUCUUUCUAUUUACUAAACGUAUCAUGUUGUUUGUUCUCAGCACUGUAAAACAGUCCCUUCUACAACAUUGAAAAGCAAUAUCACUGUAUGAAACGUUCACAAUGUAUUUGUUAUGAUUGACAUUUGAUUCAUCAUCAUUAUUAUUCACAUGCACCCUAGGUGUGAUAAUUGAAGUAAAUCUCUUUUAUACAAAUACUAAAA